AAAUUUUGCAAUUGUUCUAGUUUUAAUUCCAAGUUUAUCAAAAAUUUCGAAGUUUUAAGUGUUUAACAUACAUUAGUUCUACCUUUAUGCAGCUUAAUCCUAAGUUAAAUGCCAAGGAUGAAUAUAAUAGGGGCCAGGUUCUUCAUCUAUUCGAUCUACUCCCACACGAUCUUAAAUGUUCACUUGAAUCAACCAUAAGUACAUAGAAAUUAGAAGAAAAAAUAAUGUUUUGGAGGCGCUAUAUAUGACGGACGCAUGCAUACUAGUUUUCUAUCCUAAUAGUUUUCUAUCCUAAUUUAUUAGUAUAUGAAAAUCUGGCUCAGUAGGUUUUUAUAUAUAUGAUCUAAGAUGUCUUUAAUCAUCAUUCUGUUAAAAUGUGGUAGCAAAACUAGCUAAACAUCGUGACAAAACAUGUAGUAGUAAAGUUGGAUGUCUCUACUCAAAGGUUUAUUCAUGUGUACCGUUAUCAUAGAAACAAACAAAUUUUAGCUUCACUCAGCAAAUUAAAAAAUCAUCGACACAUGUCUAAGUAUCUCUAUGCCUAUGUGUAACCGUUUGCGCAAGUGCCUCUCGCUAUAUACAUGUCCUUCCAACAUUAAUCGUCUUCAAAAUUCCUCUAAGAAAUUAAUUCCUAAUUACAAAAAAAAAAAAAAAAAACAGAAGAAUAAUGUCAGCUAGCUGGAGUAAUACUUUCACCACCUUUCUUCUUCUUCUUUUAGCCAUUGUUGCUAACAAUAAUGUUGUCACUAGCAACCAAGAUUUUAUUAAUAAUGAUGUGGUUGAAAGAACAAGGUAUGGGGUGUUGAGUGCCAUAAAGUGGGCCAAGGGUCUAAAUGGACGACUUAACAAAACAGCGGUGGACCAGAAUGGUUCGAUGAAUAAUUUUGCAAGAUCGAGUGAUGAGUGUGUGAGGCAUUACGAAGACACUGAACCAAGGCUAGCAAGGUUAGUUGUCUCUGGUGGUGACAAGUAUUAUAACAAUGAUGAUGCUAUUACUUGGCUAAGUGCAGCACUAGCAAAUCAUAGGAGUUGCUUAGAUGGUUUGGAAGAGGAAGGUUUGGGUACUUAUAAAAGUGAAGAAGCUCAAAAUUUGACUUUAUUGAUUAAAGAUGCUUUGUUUCAUUAUGGACAAUUAAGGGGCAAUGGAAGGGCUAAGACUAGAACGGGUGCACAACCUAGACCAAAUAGCUCAAGUGAAGGCAAUGGGCUUUUGCCAUCAUGGAAUGCAGAAACAUCCAAAGCUGAUAUUGUCGUUGCACAAGAUGGUUCAGGCAAUUACAAGACCAUCAACGAGGCUGUGGCUGCCCUCUCUCGUAUGACACGACCAGAACGAACAAUUGUGUAUGUCAAAUCUGGUACAUACAGUGAAAAUGUUGAAAUUGGAAGGGGACUCAAUAACUUGAUGUUUAUUGGUGAUGGAAUUGACAAAACUAUUGUUACUGGUAAUAAAAAUGUCCCUGAUGGAGCUAACACCUUCGGCUCAGCUACAUUUGGUGUAUCUGCUGAUGGAUUUUGGGCAAGGGACAUGACAUUUGAGAACACAGCAGGGCCACACAAACAUCAAGCAGUGGCACUAAGAGUGAGCUCAGAUCUCUCGAUUUUCUACCACUGCAGCUUUAAAGGUUACCAAGACACGCUCUUAGUACACUCUCUAAGACAAUUUUAUCGAGAUUGUCACAUAUAUGGCACCAUCGACUACAUAUUUGGUGAUGCAUCUGCGGUGUUUCAAAAUUGCGACAUUUUUGUCAGGAGACCAAUGGAUCACCAAUCCAACAUGAUAACAGCUCAAGGUAGGGACGACUCAAAUGAAAAUACAGGGAUUGUUAUAUUAAAUUCACGAGUUUCUCCAUCAUCCGAGUUCAGUGCUGUUAAAGGGAGUUUCAAGAAUUACCUAGGAAGACCGUGGAAAAAAUUUUCAAGGGCGGUUUUUAUUAAGACGGAUUUGGAUGGAUUGAUUGAUCCAAGAGGGUGGAAAGAAUGGAGUGGUGAUUUUGCACUUUCAACGUUAUAUUAUGCAGAGUACAUGAACACAGGUAGUGGAGCUAACACUGGAAAUAGAGUAAAUUGGCCUGGUUUUCAUGUGUUACAUGAUGCCAGUGAAGCAAGCCAAUUUACAGUGAGAAAUUUCAUACAAGGUGAAUCUUGGAUCCCAGCAAGUGGAGUACCAUAUUGGGCUGACAUAUGAUAUGUUAUUUGUCAAGAGACUCAAGAAUGUGCAGGCUAGCUAUUAAAUUGGCAAAUGUGCAUGCUGCUACUAUAAUUGUAUUUAUGGAAUUGUAGUAUGUGAAUGGUAUGUUUCUUAUGUUGUAUUUAUUGUCUAGUUAGAAUAGAUCAAAACUUUUGUGGAGCUCUUCAACAUACAGGUGUAUAUGAGGCUGUAUGAGCUGAAGAAAAUGCUCCAUUGGUGUAGUACUACCAGUUUAUUAUGUUGGGCCUAUAAAAAUAGGGUGUAUUAAGUAAGU